AUGGCUUCGCCUGGUCUUGGUAGUUAUAGUUUUCAAAUUGGUCCCUCUCAGCUUGGGCUUGUUGAUCAUUCUGUAAACUUAAUCUUGGUUGGCAACAAGAAUCUGGCUGACUGGAGCAAGAAUCUCGAAACUAUCAGAUGGCAAGAGCCAGAGUCCUAA